AUGGAAAGGGAUCAACCACUUCAGGAGAGACCUGGGAACUUGCCAAGGCAGAGGACCAUUGUUAAUAAGUUACUGUUGGUGUCUUCUGUGAUUCAGUGCAUAGGAUUGUUUGUAUGCUUGAUCUACAUUUUGGGGGCUUCUCAGCCUCCAAAGUCAAAGAAUGACAGCGUCAAAGUACAUCUUAUGGAUUAUGAUGAAAAGAAUGGUUUUACCUUACAAUCUUCUGGUGAAUUUGGAUCCAUCAAAGUGCAAAACAACUCCCUCAAGAUCAGAUGCGAUGGUUUUUACCUGUUAAGGCUGAAGGGCUACUUCUCCCGAACUCCCAACAUUGACUUUCAUUAUCGGAAUAAUCAACGUUUUUACUUAUUCUCAAACUUUUCCUCCUACCAAUAUAUCAACUCUGUUGCUGUGGUCUACCUAAGAUUUGAAGACUUGAUCUAUCAGAGAGUGGUAUCCCAAAAAGUGUCCUCAACAGACUUAGCGUUCAGUCAAGGUGAAAUAAGCCUCAUUCAACUGACUAAUGAUAACUUCUGUGGCAAAUGAAGAAUUGAGGUGAAGUGACCCAAGUCUACCAUCACCACCAAAAACCAACUGGGAUUGGGCAGAAAAACUGUUUCUACCAUGGAUCUGGAGGAGCCAUAGCUCCAACCAAGCACACAUCUUGGGCCAUGACUGGAUGCUCAAGUUUUUCUCAGGGAUAUAGUAGAAAUUUACUUGAAGUACUAAUUAUCCCUAUGGACUAUUCAGAAGCCAAAGCUACCAUUUCUGGGCAAUUUGGUGGCAUUCUGUGUGCCAUUUAAAUGGUGGGAGGAUUGGUGGUUUGGCUUAAAUGGGAAAAAAUAAAUUGUGGGAAACCAUCAGGGUUUGAUAAGGAUGGUCAUAUAAGGAACACUAUUUUUCCGUUGGCUCCUUGUCCCCCUCCUUUUUUCUACACACAUCCUCAUCAUUUAUUUUCCUUCAUAGUUUGUGUGUGGAUAGAGACCUGUCCCAGAAAUAUGGCUCUUGCUGUGAUGCUGUGAAACACAUUCAUAGUACUGCAAAGGAAGCAAUAGAAAGAGAGUUUUCUGAAGUGGAUAAACUUGUAAAA